GUGGUUAAAUAGCCUAGUGUUCUGCUUCUCAGGGUCAGACAGCCCACUUUGCAUAGAGGCGAUUGCCUAAACGAUAAUCCUCCGGCAAUAUUAACCAGGUAUUUACUGUAGGCUUUAGGCUGCACUUUAAAAUGUACUCCAACAGGAUCGAUGGACCUCGAAGGGGAAGAUCUUUUGACUCCAUCAACAUUGGCUUUGAAGACAAACUACUUAACAACGAGAUAAACAAAUCAACCUUCACCAAAAUCGAAGAAAACACAGAGAAGAAUUCAACAGAGAAAGGCAGAGCAACAAUUAUCUUUUCCCUCAAGAAUGAAGUGGGAGGACUCGUAAAGGCGCUUAAACUCUUCCAAGAAAACCAUGUCAACCUGGUGCAUAUUGAGUCCAGGAAAUCAAAAAGGCGCAACUCCGAGUUUGAAAUCUUUGUGGACUGCGACAGCAACCACGAACAACUCAAUGAAAUCAUUCAGCUUCUGCGAAAGCACGUGAACGUGGUGGACAUGGAGCCUCCAGAUAACUCCUGUCUGCAGGAGGAAGAUAUGCAUAAUGUACUGUGGUUCCCAAAGAAAAUUUCCGACUUGGACAAAUGUGCUAAUCGUGUCCUGAUGUAUGGUUUGGAGUUGGAUGCUGAUCAUCCGGGCUUUAAGGACAAUGUCUACCGCAAAAGAAGAAAGUACUUUGCAGAUCUUGCUAUGUCCUACAAACAUGGCGAACCAAUUCCUCGCAUAGAGUUCACUGAGGAGGAAGUGAAGACAUGGGGUGUUGUGUACAGGGAGCUCAACAAGUUGUACCCCAGCCACGCCUGCAGGGAAUACCUAAAGAACCUGCCUCUGCUCUCUAAAUACUGUGAAUGUCGAGAAGACAACAUCCCUCAACUGGAAGAUGUCUCCCGCUUCCUCAGGGAACGCACCGGGUUUACCAUCAGGCCAGUGGCUGGUUACCUGUCUCCUCGUGACUUCCUGGCCGGUUUGGCCUUCCGUGUUUUCCACUGCACUCAGUAUGUGCGACACAGCUCAGACCCCUUGUACACCCCUGAGCCGGACACGUGCCAUGAGCUGCUUGGUCACGUCCCCCUGCUGGCAGAACCCAGCUUUGCACAGUUUUCUCAGGAGAUCGGUCUGGCUUCACUCGGUGCUUCGGACGAUUCUAUUGAGAAACUGGCCACAUGCUACUUCUUCACUGUGGAGUUUGGCUUAUGCAAACAGGAAGGACAACUACGAGCAUAUGGGGCCGGACUGCUCUCAUCCAUCAGUGAGCUUAAGCAUGCACUCUCUGGUAAAGCAAGGAUAAUGCCCUUUGACCCGAAAGUAACAUCCAAACAAGAAUGCAUCAUUACAACCUUUCAGGAUGUUUACUUUGUGUCAGACAGCUUUGAGGAGGCCAAAGUCAAAAUGAGGGAGUUUGCCAAGACCAUCAAGCGUCCCUUCACAGUGCGAUAUAAUCCUUACACGCAGAGUGUGGACGUGCUUAAAGACACUCCGAGCAUCAACAGCGUGGUGGAGGAGCUCCGACAUGAGCUCGACAUUGUAGGCGAUGCUCUGAACCGCCUCAACAAGCAGCUGGGUGUCUGAGCGUCCAAAGUCCACUUGCAAGUCUGUGUGUCCUCCUCAUACUGCUGUAGAGAUGCUGCUUGUGUAUCACCCCUUUGUCAUUACAAUAAUUGUGCACUGGCAGAAAAAAAACAAAAAACCCUGGUGUGUACCCCCUCUGCUCGGCACAUGGCUAAUACAGAUUGCCAUGAUAUCAGUGAACUGCACAAACCCAAAGAACAUACGGUUUUCACUUAUUGGCUUGUAUCCUGCAAACUGCCUGUGUGCUUUUGUACCAAAAAAUCCCUUUUGCUGCUGUUGUUUAUGAUGACCUUACUUUUUUGUAUUUUUUGUUCUAAUAUCCAAUUUAAACUUCCACAUUUCAGUGAUUUGCCAUUGUAUUGUUUGUGUGAAUGUAACUUGCUCUUUUCUGUGUGUUGUUCAAAGAGAUUAUUCUAGUGAAUUUAUAAAAGUAUUCUGGUGGUUAAUGGUUUAUGAUGACCGAUCAGGGCACACCUGCUUACAUUUUUUCACAGUAAUAAUUUUGUAUACCUCCAUUUAACUAUAAAUGUAGUGACCCCCCCCCCCCCCGACCCCGCAAGGGACAAGCAGUAAAAAAAUGGAUGAAUGGAUGUAGUAGCCUUCUCCUUGAAUCAGAUAUUACUUUUCUACCAACCAAAUAUAUAGUCAUAUUGAGUAUAGGCAAUGUACGUGUGUGUGUGUGUGUGUGUGUGUGUGUGUGUGUGUGUGUGUGUACAAACAUCGUUUCCAUAUGAGUUGGGAAAUUGUGUUGGAUGUAAAUAUAAACGGAAUACAAUGAUUUGCAAAUCCUUUUCAACCCAUAUUCAAUUGAAUGCACUACAAAGACAAGAUAUUUGAUGUUCAAACUCAUAAACUUUUUUUUUUUUCCAAUAAUUAACUUAGAAUUUCAUGGCUGCAACACUUGCCAAAGUAGUUGGGAAACGGCAUGUUCACCACUGUGUUACAUCACAUUUUCUUUUAAAAAC